UCUGGUAGCAGCGAAAUUUCAGCACGUCGCAAUGGCAGCCACGGCUCUGGCCACACCAGCUCUGCCUGACAGCCUGCCGUUGGUGAGGAAGGCACCCCGUGGCCCUGGCAGAGAGCGGAGUCACCGUACCAAGGAUGGUGGCCAUACCCGCUGCAGAGGGAGUACCCUAGGAUGCCUUGCUGCAGCCCUUUGGAGACGUCGCGGAACAAGCGCGCGGCCACGUGCGCUGGCAGCCUUUGGUUCCGAGAUGACGCCAGAGGAUCGGCGCGCCUUUGCUGAAGAGGAAGGGAUUGGCAUCGGCGAGGUGAGACUUCCAAUCGAAGAAUGGCUGAAGGAGGUGACUCUACACAGCGAUAUGGCUGAUGAUGUCAUGCAGAAGUUCGGACAUGUGCCCCAACAGGCAGAUGAAGUUGUCCAAGACGUGGUGGAACGCAUCCAGAGUGGCGCACAAAGAUGUGUUGCGCCCUCUGCCACGGUACAUCCCUUUGGCUCCACGGUGAAUGGAUUUGGUGAGGAAUCCUCCGACCUUGAUGUGCUGGUAGCCAUUCGGGAGGAGGAGUUAUCUUACUACAUGAGCUAUGCCAGCUGGGCACAGCGGCAUCAGAGGCUCAGCGAAUUCCUGAUGCAAGGUGAUCCGGCAGAGCCCUCGCUACCGACCAAAAUCACACCAAAGGCUGCGAUGUGUCAUGCGGUUCAGCAGCUGGCAGAAUUUUUGCCGGAGCUGGGCUUCAAGGUGCUGGAUUUGAUACCACAAGCUCGAAAGCCUUUGGUGACUGUAGAAGACACGCAAGGUCCUUUGAAGGAAGUCGAUGUGUCCAUCAAUAACAGUUUGCCACUCUACAACUCGCAGCUGCUGAAAGCCUACUCCCAACUUGAUGAGAGAGUGCGACCGUUGGUGCUUCUCGUGAAGGUGUGGGCAAAAGGCAAGCGCGUAUGUGGUGCUGGAGAGGGAAACCUGUCGUCGUACUCCUGGACGAUCAUGGUCGUCUAUUUCCUACAGCUGGUUGGGAUUCUUCCAUCGCUUCAGCUGCUGUACAAAAAAAGUAGGAGUCUGCAACACGUGGACUACUGGGGUAUUCCCCGUUCAUUUGAGACCGGUUUCCUCACCGCAGAGGAAUACCAACAAGAAGUGGCUGAGAAGAAGAUUCCGCCAUGCAAAGCAAAGGCAGAUCUGACUGUGGCGCAGCUCCUAUAUGGCUUCGUGCGCUUCUUUGACAGGGAGUACCAGUGGGGCUCAGAGGCGGUGUCAAUGCGACAGCCGGACCGACGAGAUGUUGGUGACUGGUUUCGACUCUUUGGGUCUAUUCAUCCAGAGCCCACCAUUCAUGUGGAGGACCCCAUUGAAUUUCGGGAUCUCAAUAUCGUGUUGCGGCGAGAGCGGCUGGCGCAACUAAAGGAAGAAUUCAACCACGCAGUCGAGAUGCUGGAGAAUGGUUGCAGCCUUGAGGAGUUUCUCACCAGUGACCCCCGGCCCGACGUGGUGAUGAUCCCAUAUCGUAUUCGACGACGUUACAAGAACAGGAGACGACAUAAGUCUCUGGAACUUCCACGGUUACCCGAGUUGAAAUAAGGACGCCCGCUCCCCGGCGCAAAA